AUGGCUCCUUAUGAAGCAUUGUAUGGGAGGCCUUGUAAAUCCCCUAUUUGUUGGGCAGAGCUGGAGGAUAGCUUACUACUUGGGUCGGAGCUCGUGAGGCAGACUACGGAGAAGGUGUCACCUAUAAAGGGUGUUCAGCAAUUCGGUGGACGGGGGAAGCUUGCCCUGAGAUACAUUGGAUCGUUUAGGAUCGUUGAUCAUCAUUUGCACGACGAAGAGCAUCAGAGGGUGAUUGAUGCACCAGAGUUAGAGAUUCAGGUUGAUUUAACCACCAUUGAGAUUCCAGUUUGCAAUCUUGCUAGAGAGGAUAAGAGACUUAGAAAUAAGGUCAUUCCUUUAAUGAAGGUUCAAUGGAACCAGAAAGGACCUGAGGAGGCUUCUUAG